AUGGGUCGAGGCGGUCGAGGAAGUCCGGCUCCUCGCCGUCCCGUUGACGUGACCGGAGCUAUCUCACCUGUUGAGAGAAAUGAUUUGGUUACGCUGAUCAAUGCUAUAACCGAGAAGCUUCACAACGACAUCAGUAUCAUCUUCGAUUCUCCUCCCGUUACCCCCAUUCUUGGGGAUCAGGACAUUGGCCAUCACCAAUUAUUGGCCCUGUCACUCCGCAACACAAAGGAGAAUGCCAACCCCAAGCUUUCGUCCCAAGUCAAGAGAGCAACGCAGGUGCCUCAGCCAAGUCCCAAGGUAACCGAGUCUGGAGAGAAGGGAGAUGCAGAGAUCACGCCUCAACUCAGGGAGCUCAAGAAAGAGGCUCUCCUCUUCUACCGAAAGUGGCAGACGAUCACCAUGCAGCGUUUCCGGGACUUGAGUGUCAUGGAAGCCAAUGCUCCUCAAACUAAUAUUCGUGGGCGUGGGCGUGGCAGCCCUCUCAAAACCCCCUCAAAUCACAUCGACCGUGACCUAUCUCGUCGAUUCCCACCAAUCCCGACCUCGCUCUGGACACUUCCCGUUGAGAAACGAAAGCUUUUGCUUCAUAUUUCGCUUCUCAUGGUACUUUCACUCCAAGAGUACAGCGCCUACGCCCGUCUCCUUCUUCUCAACCUCACUUCUUCUCUGAACCUUCCGUUGAAGUUCCUUCAGGAGGAAGAAAAACGCAUUGCGCAGGGAUUGAGUCAGCUUGCUGUCGACGUGGCCGCCGAGCAGGCCACUGAACAAAAGCAAGAUGAGACCAAGCCUGUUGGGAAAACCAAGGCGCGCUUGGCUUCUAUGACCGGACCCUUUCGACUCGGAGCGCAGCUCAUUGCUGCAGGUAUUGGGACUACCCACGGCGGUCAUGGGCUAAGACUGCCUGCGGCUGCGGGCUUGUUGGGGCCCAUGUCUGACAAUGGCAUUGCUGCAGGCUCGUUGUUUGGAAUCUAUGGAACGAGACCGACUGGCAAGAUGAUCGAGUCAUUCUCUCGUGAGAUCCAGGACUUUGGCAUUGUUCCCAUCCGAGGCACGCCCGAGGACUACGUGGACGCCAAAGCCAUCCCAGCCAAGAGCCGACGACUCCGAGUGAUCAUCGCGGUAAACGGUUGGGUCACCGAGAAAGAAGACAUUGCUCGACCCUGGAAGUACCUCGGUGACCAUGCAGAGGUUUACGUCCUGCGGUGGGAAAUGAGUGCUCUUCAGAGUCUGGGAGGUGCGCUUGAGACUGUUGUCCGAAGCUCAGCGUGGGCAGUAGCAAAGAAGGCCGUCACUUCGCGAACCACCGGUCCUAACAUUACUAUAGUAUUCACGAGUCUCAUUGAGGCAUCUUGGCCUGCAGAGCUUAUGAAAGUCAGCAAGAUAAUCGACAACCCCUGGAGCAUCGGCAUGGUUCGCGCUGAAAAGGCGGGUGUGGUGCUUGCAGACGCCAUCAUGCGCAGCAAGAUCCAAGGUGAUCGUCCCGUGUCUCUGAUGGGUUAUAGUCUGGCGGCUCGGGCCAUCUAUGUCUGUCUGAUGGUCCUAGCUGAGCGCCGUCAGUUUGGCAUCGUCGAUUCGGUCGUGUUGAUGGGCACACCUGCGCCCUCCGAGAGCCGAGUUUGGUUGACGCUGAAGAGCGUCGUGUCUGGCCGCCUGGUCAAUGUCUACUCGGAGAGUGACUAUCUUCUUGGCUUUUUGUAUCGCACUUCGAACAUCCACUUUGGUGUGGCGGGCCUUCAGCAAAUCCAGGGCGCGGAUGGUGUUGAGAACCACAAUGUUAGCGACCUUGUGAAGGGACACUUGCGCUAUUCGACCCUGACUGGCAAGAUACUCAAGGAUAUUGGCUGGGAGGACUUGAGCAUGGACGCCUAG